AUGGCGGGUAUGGAGAACAUCGAGGUGCACAGCAAGUCGUACCUCGUCCGCUGGGUCGACGUCUCUGCAGGGCACACCAUCUCCUGGAGCAUCCAGCCGCACAAGAAGUCGCUGAACUUUGGCAUCUUCAAGCACCCCGGCAAUGCCAGCGCCGCCUCCGCCGCCACCGCCGCCACCGCAACCCUGCCCUCGGGCACCACCUUCGACCACGCGCCCUCCACGCCCUCCACGCCCGCGCUCGAGGUGCCCUCGGGCCACACACGAGCACGCGGCGCCUCAACGUCAACGUCACGCAAUGAGAGGACGUUUGUCUUGGAGAAGCUGUCAGCCAUUGGGCUGAAGCAGGUGCACUGGCAGGGCAAAUGCGAGGCCGACAUGGUGUCCAUGGGCACCUACGCCGUUCCCCAAGGCGAGGGCGGCAUGUACGGCCUGGUCUUCGACAACACCUUCUCCAAGACCGUUUCCAAGACUGCGACCUUCGUCCUUAUGACAUACCCCACCAACGCGCCCCCCAAGUCAGGCCACCACAUGCACUACGCCCAGGCAAUGGCAGGAGCCAGCUCCACCAGCCUCACAAAGUCAAGCCCCUCGAUGGGCCCUGUCGAAUCCUCCGAGUCACUGCCGCAACAACUCGCAGAGCGACCGCGCUCCAUGCACGACAAGCCAAAGCCAGCCAGCGUCUCCAGCUCGUCCUUCAUGACCGGCGUGCUGCAGAAAAAGAGGAGGAAGCGGAACCAAGGACAUGCGAGGCGCUUCUUCUCGCUCGAUUUCACCACCUCGACCCUCUCCUAUUACCGAAACGAUCACUCGUCAGCUCUGCGUGGAGCCAUACCUCUGUCGCUCGCAGCGAUCGGCGCCAACGAAGAGAGCAGGGAGAUUUCUGUCGACUCUGGGGCAGAGAUCUGGCACCUCAAAGCGAACAACGCGGCAGACUUCAGAAAGUGGAGAGAUGCACUCGACAAGGCUUCCCGAUCAGCAGUCGCCACAGCAUCACCUACCUUGCAGAUCGAGGACAGCCCUUUCCAGCCGUCUGCGCACACCCACAGUGCAGUCGAAGACAACGAGUGGGCCAGGGUGGAAGCCCUCGUAGGCAGACUCGCAGGGACAAGAGAUGCUGUACGAAGAUUAGCCCAAGACACAGAUCCCAAAUAUGGCCCUUCGACGGCUGCUUCGUCAGGUGCAUCGACGGGCAGGCUGAACGACAGUCUUUCUACUUCGCCGUCCGAAGAGUCGAAUGACUACUUCCCCGAGACUGCCGCACCAGAACGUAAGGCUUUCUGGAAGCGCAAGGCUAGCAGCUCUGGACAAAGUCCAUCAGGACUGAUGAGAAGAAGCACGUCUGCACAAGUAGGUGCUGCUUCGCCUGGUGCUGUUCCUCCGCUACCUCCCCUCCCAGCGAACAUCAACGGCGCACUCGCGGUUCCAAAGCGCAACAAUCACAUCAACAGUGGCUCAUCCUCAAAAGAGGACAGCGUCCAUGGCAACUGUAUGGCUUUACUGCGAGAUCUCGAUUCUGUUGUCAGAGAGUUCUCCGAUCUCAUCAAUCAGACCAAAGAGAGGCGCCGACCAGCACCUCUUUCUGCCGUACCCUCCCGGCGCAGCAUUGAUUCACAAGAGUCUGCAGACGAAUUCUUCGACGCAGAGGGUGGCGACGGGUCCAAAUCGAAACUACUCGCCAUCAGACGCGACAGUGAGGAUGUUGAGCGAAGACAAGACGACGAAAGCUCAGAUGACGGGUCUGAAUCGUCAUCGGAACACGAAGCAGCUGGUGUUAUCGAGCGAGCACGCUUCUCCAUGGACCAGGCGCCGUCUCUUUUCCCUACCAAGCCGACAUCUCUCGCUCCUCUGCCACAUGACCCUGUCAAGCGCAGAAACGUCAUCCAGGCACCGAAGGUACAGCCGCCGAGUUUGAUUGCAUUCUUGCGCAAGAACGUUGGUAAGGAUCUGUCAACGAUCGCCAUGCCUGUAUCGUCCAACGAGCCCACCUCGGCUUUGCAGAGGUUGGCUGAGCAACUCGAAUACAGCGAGCUUCUCGACGCAGCCGUGACAGCUCCUUCUGACACCGGCGAACGUCUCGUUUACAUAGCUGCCUUUGCUAUCUCUGCCUUCAGCAACAGCCGCGUGAAAGAGCGUGCAAUUCGCAAGCCGUUCAAUCCUAUGCUCGGCGAAACAUAUGAGCUUGUCCGUGAAGAUAAGGGCUAUCGUUUCAUUGCGGAGAAAGUAGUUCACCGCCCUGUUCGUAUGGCCUGUCAAGCCGAGGCAAAAGACUGGACAUUCAUCCAGUCUCCUACACCUGUCCAGAAGUUCUGGGGCAAGAGCGCCGAGCUGAACACCGAUGGCCGCGUGCAUAUCUUCCUCCACAACAGCAACGAACACUACUCCUGGAGUAUUGCCACGUCGUACCUGCGCAACGUCAUCGCAGGCGAGAAAUACAUAGAGCCCACCGGCACCAUGACUAUCAUCAGCGAAAGCACCGGCGCAAAAGCAGUCUGCACCUUCAAAGCUGGUGGCAUGUUCGCAGGUCGGUCUGAAGACGUAAGCGUGCAAGUCUUCGACAGCACUGGUUCGGUCCUUCCUAUGGGAGCUAUCGGAAAGUGGACAACCGACCUGCAACUCACAUCAAAUGGUCAGCCUACAGGCAAGACCGUAUGGAAGGCUGGUCCGCUUGUCGACAAGCCGGAGAAGCACUACGGUUUCACCUCGUUUGCUGCUGCGUUGAACCAAAUUACAUCCAUCGAAGACAAGCACAUUCCUCCGACCGACUCCAGGCUUCGGCCCGACCAGAGGGCCUGGGAGGACGGCGAUCUGGACAAGGCGGAGGCGCUGAAAGCCAGGCUCGAAGAGCGACAGCGGGCGCGCAGACGAGUCAUGGAAGGCCACGGCGAGGAGUGGAAACCCAAGUGGUUCACCAAGGCUGGCGCUGAAGAAGCGGCUUCGCUCGGCGAUGAAGAGGUUUGGCGACUCAAAGGCGGGAAAGAGGGAUACUGGGAAAAUCGGGAAGCCGGGCGGUGGGAUGGCGUGGUUGAUGUUUUCCAGCAAUAA